UUCGGAGGGUUGGUGCGCACAGGCCCCAGCGGAGGGGGCGGGGAGCUCUCCAGGUGCGGAGGAUCACCUGGUAAAAUGAAGGGAGAUGGCACGGUGGGGGGAGAUGCCCUGGCCAAAACGAAAAAGGUGGCGAGAAAGGCAGGGCCGGCUCUGGCUAAGAUUCAAUGCAGAGCACCGAUCAUUCGAGGAGUCGAAAGGGCAACGGGAAACCGUUGCAGGUUGGCCAGUUCAGCUACCCCGCGCCCUCCUUGGAGGGCGAUGGGUAGAUGGCGUGCCUCCUGGGCUGGAGGCGAACCAGGUCGACGAAGGAACAGCGAGGCCUCGUUUCUAACGGGGCUGAGCGUGGACCUCGGCCUGGAGGGAGGGAUGGAGCACACCCGGCUGGUGCGGGUGUCGUUGUCAUCCCGCCGCGGGCAGGCCGCCGCGGCACGUGGAACGAUUGGGGGGAUGGCUUGCACACUUGGGGCCAACCCAUCACACCCGGCUUGGGGAACCCGGGAGUGAGGCCCGGAGCCUUUGCCAGAGGCUC